UGUGCGCCUAUUGGCUACAGGCCACGCCGUGGGGCGGGGCGGAGUUGCGCAUGCGCGCGCCCGAGGCGCAGCCCGGGCGGCAGUUGAAAAUGGCGACUGUCACCGAGCUGAAGGCUGUUUUAAAGGACACCUUGGAAAAAAGGGGGGUGCUGGGUCAUUUAAAAGCAAGGAUCCGAGCUGAAGUGUUCAGUGCCCUGGACGAUGAUCGUGAACCCCGGCCGACUUUGUCUCAUGAAAAUCUUCUAAUUAACGAAUUAAUUCGGGAGUAUUUGGAAUUCAACAAAUAUAAGUAUACAGCAUCUGUCCUCACAGCAGAAUCUGGUCAACCUGCAGUUCCAUUGGACAGACAAUUUCUCAUCCGUGAAUUAAAUGCCUUUGAAGAGUCAAAGGACAACACAAUACCACUUUUAUAUGGAAUUUUGGCUCAUUUCUUGCAUGGAACUAAGGAUGGCACCCCAAACACCUUUCUGAAAGAGUCUUCACUUCAGCCUUCAAACCCAAAUCUUAUCAGACAGCCUCAUGGAAGAAGAAAGAUGGAAUGCUUGCUUUUUAAAUGAGCUUUCAGUUGUUCUGAUUGCAUCAGUAACAGGGCCUCAGUGUUUUAGGUGAUCACCCAGCAAAGGAGAGGGGCGAAGGCACCAACUCUGAGGAUCUCCCCCUUUGUCAAGCGGCGAAGAGAUGACACUUCCAUGUGGGGUAUCUUUUAUCUUAGAAUUGUACAUGCGAAGUAACUUAUUUAUCAUUCCAGUGUUAUCAGUAUGCACCACUACUAUUUGCAUUUUGUAGAAAUUUGAGUUUCUGCAAAACACGUGGCCCCUCAUGUUUUACUGAUUUGUGAAUAAAAACUAACUCUUUCAUCUAGCUUAUUAGAUGUGACUGAAAAGAAGAUGCAUGGUGUUUGCAAAGUAUUUUAAAGGUACAGAGGUUUGUGAAAAAAUGAAAGGGUUCCUUAGUGCUUUGUACCUUCUUCUAAAAGCUUCAGGUCUUUAUCCACAUGUCCUGCUCUUUGACAUGCAAAUUAAUGAAAUUUCCUUCAGGUGGAAUUAUGUGAAUUUGUAGGAAAAUUUGACUUAAUAAAACUAAAAGAAUAUUAAAGCUGAAAGUGUUUUCCUGUAAAGGUUGAUUUUUCUUAAAGUACCUAUUUUUCAGAAAACCUCUCCUAUUUAGGCUUAAAUAUCUGCAUUACUACCUAAAGCUGAAUUUGUAGACUAGAUAACAAAGUACUUUUUCUUCUCUUAGACCACUUUGGCUCCCACUGGAAGAUUUAAUUAAAAGGUAGAGGGGGAAACAAUUCUUUGAACUUUGCUGUAAGUAAAACAAAGAGUUUAUUUUGUUAUAUUAAGAAUGUGAAAUAAGCAUGAAGAGGCAGGUUUUGGGAGAAACACCAGAAAGUCACUUUUAAUAGAUGGCAUUGCUAAGCUCUGUAUGGCCCUGGUCACACAGUUACCGAGGAGCUCUGAGGGACCAGCGCCUCUACUUGGGGGCGGGAAGUCCUGUUGAAUGUCAGUUUUCAUUCCUGGGAUACAGUCCUUCCGUGCGAUCUCCAAAUGCCACGCUGAUACUUCUUAAGGAAGUUUUGUAAUGUGGAGUCGACAGCGCGUUUCACUGAACACGCUGCGAGCCCAGGCGGCUCCUGAGUGGCUCUGACAGGAUGGCCUUCAGCUGCGCGCUUCCCACCCGGAGGCCAGGGCUGCCGCGGGCAGGGUUGUCUCCCCUUGGGUGCUGCCUCAUGCAGCAAAACUUUGAUUUUAUAUUUGGUGAUGCUAAUUGGUAUUUACUCCUUACAGAUUAAGAAUCUUUAUCUAAAUACAGCAAAUUAUUAUUAUUUUCAUUUUUGUUUUGAUGGCUGGGGAUGGAACUCGGGGCCCCAGGAUUUCUAGACAAGUGAACUACACCCAGCUUCACCCAGCCCAUUGGAAACUAUUAAUGAAACGGCUUUAAACUACAUUUUGUAAGUCAAAAGACUUUGAGAAGCCUGUUGCUGAGUUACCAUUACAUAUGAGAUGCAGAGUCUUAUAAGGGCCCAUUUUCAUUUUUAAAUCUCUAGUAUCUGAUUACAAUUAUGAAUUCCAUUGUAUUAUAUGUGGGAAUGUAAAUAUCUGAAUUUUCCCAGCAGUCUUGGUUCACAUCCAAGGAUGUUGGCAAGUGGACACUAAGUUCACCUCAGGAAUUGCAAUCAUGUAGGACUAGAUUAAGAAAAAAUGCUCGAGUUUCUGAUUUUGGGUACUGAUAAAAAAUCAUCAAAAUGAAAGCUAAACAGUCCUCACACGCUGGGUAGUGUUCUGUAUGCAUUGUUCUGUGACUCUCGUGCCUCGGCGACUUUUAUACCUUCAAUGUAUCAUUUCAUUAAAAAAAAAAAUGUAAGCAA